AGCUCUCUGUCGGUGAGUCCUCAGCAAUGAUCAUCUUUACAUGUCGUGACGGAAGAUCUCACAACGCUUUGUUAGUGCUCGAAUAGUUCCGCUAGUCCUGUACUCAGCCAGACAACAUCCCAAGGAGCUGUAGAACCAUUACGCAUCUCCUUGCCGCACUCCAAUUGCGAAAUCGCGUGCGACACGAAAUUGCCAGAGGUCUGCCGUUUCGCUAUAUUUCUGACGAGCAAAAGCAAUGAGAUAGUUGUCGACCAGAUGACGGACUCACUUUAUUAGCUUUUAAUCUUCCUACCAACUGUGAAUCUCGCGGUCACCUCUGCAGAUAUACACACACUCUCUUCUAAAAGUGAGCUGGCCAGCGCUGAGAAAAAUACCAUAUUCAAUACUCGGCACCUCCACAGAUUAGAUGCUUGUUUCCUGAAUCUGUUAACCGAGGGAAAACAAAUCUAUUUUCUUAGUUGCGUACAGACGAGAAUGAAUCAGUCACGAGGCAAACGGGCUUCCGGGAGAGGAAAAGGGAAGGGGAACACAAAGCAGGAUAGUGUAGGCCCAGAGCUCAAUGUUGAAGUUCCUGCAGCGGGUCCGUUUGCGAGGCCCCCCGAGCCUGGCAAAGGAGAUCUACAAGUAAUUGUUCUGGGUCCAACAGGAGGCCCACGGGAAGAUCGAGUCACGGGAAUUCUCGUCCGAUCGACAUCAACUAGCUGGAGACCAGAUACAGUGAUUGCGGUCGAUGCGGGAACACUACUCAGUGGAAUAAUUCAUAUCCUAGAAACACACAAUGACAUGGAUGAGAUGGUAGCUCAGGCUGGCCCGUUUACCGACAUGUCUCUACCUUUCCAGACUGCUCCAGCGAAUGCAGCACACAUCCUGCGAGAAGUCAUUGGACCCAUCUUGGUCACUCAUCCGCACUUAGACCAUUUCUCAGGAUUUGCCAUGAACUCGCCAAUCCUAGAGGCAACGAACGGUCCGAAGACAGUAGCUGCACUACCUUCUGUCAUCUCCGCCAUAAAGACUCAUAUUUUUAACGAAGUGAUCUGGCCAAACCUCUCAGAUGAAGACGGUGGCGCAGGUCUGAUCACCUACCAACGUUUGCAAGAAGGAGGCAACCCAAGGAUGGGCCGAGAUGAAAUGAGAGGCUAUACUCGGGCUUGUGAGGGUUUGUACUACAGAUGUUUUGGCGUUAGUCAUGGGUGUACUAGGAGACACUAUACCCCCGAAUCUGAGAUGCGGCGCUCGUUAAGUACUGCAAUGUAUCUGGGUGAUCCAUUCAUGAUGCGUUCGGCUUCAAGAGCCGCUAUCUCCUUGACACAAGAAGAGCCAGGGUACAUGUCUCCGGCCAUGCGUAGACCCUCGAAUCCACGAGAUACCUGGACGAGUGUUGAAAGCUCUGCAUUUUUCAUACGUGAACAACACUCGGGCCGCGAGAUUAUCAUCUUCGGCGACGUGGAACCCGAUUCGAUCUCAGUCGAGCCCCGCAACAGGCGUGUUUGGGAGGCGGCAGCGCCUCGUAUAGUUUCAGGGAAACUACGCGCGAUCUUCAUCGAAUGCUCUUAUACUGAUGAUGUGGAGGAUGAGUCCUUAUACGGCCAUCUUUGCCCCCGACACUUAAUCGCGGAGCUCAAGGUGCUGGCUAGUGAAGUUGUUAAGGCCAGAUACCCAAGCAGCUCAGGGACUGGCAAACGCAAACGCGCCAGUAGAGAAACACCCGCAGACUCGCAGCCAACGAGUCCCAAGACUCGGCGGUCACAAGAUGUGCUUCCUGGGUCUUCUACAGCGGCAAUUACCAGCGCUCCCCAAGCAGUGCCCGGCAGCUCCACUGAUCCUUCUGGUACUCAAGCUAUAGGAGCCCUGGCUGAGAAGUCUAACUGGCCGCACGAUGAGGCACCUUUGGUUAGUUUGAGUGUCUAUCUCAUUCAUAUCAAAGAAGACAUGGACGGUGGCCCGUGUCCAAGUGAUACUAUCGUGGCUCAACUUCGAGACCAGGCGCAGGCUGCUAAUCUGGGAUGCGAAUUCCAUGCACCCAAACGUGGAGAGAGUGUUCACAUUUAAGGGUGACAGACCGAUAAAGCUCCUAUUUGGUUUUCUGAGUCUCAUGUACUCUGUAUGAACAACGUUCAUAAGCGCCACGUGGCCCAGGAUUGUGAUAUAAGAAGGUUCCUGCCUCAUAUCA